AUGACGAGCACGGCAACCUGGACCCCACGCUGCUCUGUGGAUGAAGCGGACAAAAUAAUCACAAGGUCAGGAAGUCUAUUUGAGAUUGAGAAUCGUGUCGUCGAUGGGAGGGCCUUGAAAGUCUGGAAGAAUCUCUGGCCAUCCGCACGAGAGUUCUUCUUGAAAUGGACCAAGAAGCACGCCGACAAAACUUAUGUGGUAUACGAGAAACAGCGCUUCUCCUUCCAGGAAAUGCUAGAAAUGGCUGUUAAAUGUGCGGCCAUGUUUAGAGAUGUUUACGGUGUUAAAAAGGGUGAUCGAGUCGUUAUCUGCUCUCGAAAUCUUCCAAGUUACUACGUCGUGUUUUGGGCUUGUCACCUUCUCGGUGCUGUAACUGCUCUCGUGAAUGCGUGUCUAUCUAUAGACCGCCUCAGACGCUGCAUCAUGCUCACAAAAUGCAGGCUGGUCAUCUUUGAUCCCGAGCGAGCCGAUGAUAUCGAACCGAUCGCUGCUGACAUUAAGCGCGUGUCGGGCAUUGAGGGAUACCUGGUCCUUGAGGAUCACGAAGGCAAAGGCCGCUGGGAAGGCAUGGACGUUUGGAGCAAAGUAUUCCUCCAGUGCCAUAAGGAUCCAGGAGAAAUACUGCGUGACAAUCCUCACAUUGUUCCAGAGGAUAAUGCAACGAUCAUAUUUACGUCGGGAACUACUGGCCUACCAAAGGGUGUUCUAAGUUCACAGCGCGCAUUCCUGACUCUCGUGUUAACUUCAAUGUCUUUGACUGCAAGGGGUCGUAUUCGGCGAGGCGAACCAUUCCCUCCAUUACCUGUUUCAGGUCCUCAGAAGGGAGCUCUGAUUUCAUCGCCAUUGUUCUACAUCAGCGGAAUCACUCUGAGCCUUCUUGGUACUUGUUUCGGACUCAAACUUAUUUUGAUGCGGAAAUGGAAUGCACACGAAGCUAUAAGAGAAGAGAACAUUGUCUUGACAGGAAGUGCACCAUCACUUCUGAUUGAUCUCCUCGAUAGCCCGUCAUCAGGUCUAACCUUGGAGAACGUUGGCAUCGCAGGUGCCCCAGUCUCACCGACUCUUCUCCAGAGAACAAAGGAGGCUUUCCCCCUUGCAACAAUAAGACAUUUGUACGCUCUCACUGAGACCAAUGCCACAUCGGUAUCAUUCGGUGGGAAUUUCCUUUCAAAGCAUCUUGUUGGGUUACCUGAUGACGUCCUAGAUGGGCCGGAUUUUCUCGCCAAGCCAGAUAGCUGCGGUUUUGUAUCUCCGGUCAACGAGAUUUUAAUAAUGAAAGGCCAUGUCAGAGCUGCUCCGGGGGAGGUGGGAGAGGUGUGGCUCCGUGGUCCCAACGUGAUGAAAGGGUAUUAUGAAGAUCAAGCCGCUACUGACAGGGUAUACAAAAUGCGUAUCCCUAGUAUCUUUUCCAGCGACUCAUUUUCGAUCAAGGUACUCACCAAAGAUGGAUGGCUGAUGACCGGUGAUCUUGGCUACGUCGAUGAAGAAGGGUAUGUCUACAUUAAAGACAGGAUUGAAGACAUGAUAUUCCGUGCCGGGGAGAGCAUUGACCCUAUUUCCGUGGAGAACGCCCUGUACACCGAACCAGCUGUUCUCGAAGCAGCUGCAGUGAGCGUACCCGAUGAUAGGCUGUGCCAGCUAGUGACGGCAUUGGUCACCCUCAAACCUGGGUAUCACGGAAAGAUCAGCGAGAAAAAACUUUUGGAGACUGCGAGGAAACUGUUACCACAGUCCGCCGUCCCGGUAAUGAUUAUUUUGAAGGAUGGGGAGUUUGAUCAUACGCCUUCUGGCAAGAUAAUCAAGGUACAGUUAAGGGCAAUAGCGCAGGAAGAGUGGAUUAUACAACAGGACUGGCGACACCAGGCCUCAACCAAUGCCCUCGAAAUCGUACUUCCUCACCAAACGGUGAUCUUAUCAGAAGAGCGCGCCAGGCGUGGCAAGAAUCUGGGGAUGUCCAAUCCAGCUAGGCGCAUAUCCGAAGAGCCGGCGGGUUCACCCACCACGACACCACCUGGUCGACAUGGCUCAACCUUUCAUGGCAUCGUUGCCAUGCCUCACAUGAGACUGUCGAUCCUGGCCUGUCUUGCCAGGAUACUCACCCCGCCCCUGCAGAACCAACGACAUGCUCAUACGGUACUAAGCAUGGUGAAAGAACGUGUGGUCGCGGGUGUCUACGCUUCGCGUCCCCACGUAGUUUCUGGAUAUUCUACAGCCUUUCGUAAUUUUUGA